AUGGCUAACUUGCUGCCAAUGCGAGAUAUCAUACCUCACAUGAAAAAUUGGAGCUGCAUCGUCACUGUUCAGGAAAAGCAACAGAUCACAAGCUCAAUGGGAACGCCAACAAGAAAGCAGAAAUUUGUUUUCUACGAUUCAGAGGGAUCAAGAGUCGAAGGAAUCAUCUUCAAUGAUGACAUUCCUAGAAUGAGCAGCAUUUUGCAGGUCUAUAAAAAAUAUAAAAUAUCCAAUGCUGAGGUCAGAACCAUACCACCAAAGUUCCAGACAUCUGAGCUCACCGUUCAAUGGGUUAUCAGCACCAAGACUGUCAUUGAUGAAAUUGCUGAUGAUGAUGAAGUCAUGCCUGUAAAAUUCUGCUAUUCAAAGUUUACUGACUUAGUUCAAUACAUGGAUGACAGAACUAAAUCAGUCGACGUGCUGGGAGUUGUGAUUAGUGCGCUUGAGAAGAAAACUGUUACCAAAAACUCAAAGCAAUCAGAUGUUCAGAAAUUUGUCCUUCUUAAUGAACAGCGAGAGCUUCAAUUCUCAUUUGUAACUGUUAACUCUUAUCACGAGCACAGAUCACAGACGGUGCUCCUGUCUCUAUGGGAUAGUUUUCUGGAUAAUGAAGGACAGGAAAUAUUAUCUAAACUUCACAGCUAUCCUGUCAUCAUUGCUCGCAGAGUUAGAGUGAACAACUAUAAUGGAGUCGCACUUGGUACUUGGUUUGAUUCAGCGAUUCUUGUUGAUCCACCUGUACAAGAGGCAAGAGAACUCAAGAACUGGGCAUUGAGGAACACUAAGUUGCUUAAAGAAGCUGCCGAAAAAAAGGACUAUAUUAAAUAUAAUCCACAGCUGUCAUUAAAAGCAGAUCAGAAAACUACCUGGAUUUGUAACAUAACUUCGUCACAAAAGACUAUAUGGGUGAAGGCACAGUUCUCUUUUGAGCAUAUCUUCCAGAAAUAUUGGUACAUGAGCUGUAAGAACUGUUGCCGAGCCACAGCAGCAGCCUAUCAAGUUGAGUUUACCUGUAACUCGUGCAAAGAAAAACAUCCUGCAGUACCUAGAUGCCGCUUUGAUGUUGAUUUGAUCGAUAGCACCGGCGUGAUACCAGCUUCAAUAUUUGGCGAAUUAGCAGAGAACUUACUGACGUUUAAUGCACUGGAAGCAAUGCAACAUUUUAAUGAGAAUGUUGCACUUCCCCUAGAGUUUGUCCACAAGGAGCUCAGUUCAAAGACGUUUCUGCUUCACAUCAAACCUGUGCAAGCGCAACUGGCAGACGCAAGGCAGCGCUACACAAUUAUAUACUACUCUGAAGUCAAUGCUGGUGCCGAUUCUGCGCAGUUAACAAGUGAAGCAGAGGAUGCCCCUCCUUUUCCUAGCACAGAAUCUGACACUAUACAGCUCGGGGCUCCAGGAGAGAGUAGCGCUCGUUCAAAAGUUUGUGUUCGCCUUUCUAAAAGGUUUGAUGAACCACAGAGCACUGAAGCUGAGGAAGAUGAAAAUGCAGAAUGCAGCUCUAGCAAAAAACAAAGACUCAAUUGA